AUGACAAAGAAGUAUACACAAACUCCAAUGACAAUUCCUAUCACAAUUACAGCAACUAUGACACCAAUAAUUAUAGGUAAGCUGCCACUUCCUCCUUUACUCUCUGAUGGAGAACUGGAUGAACUUGAGCUUCCUGAAGUACCUGUAGACCCUGUAGAGCCAGUAGAGCCAGUUGAACUCGUUUUAUCGGUUUUAUCAUCAGUUGGUGGAGGUGCUGUAACAGUUGCAAAUAGCUUACUAGUGUAUCCA